AUGAGUAGUGAAGACGACUGGAGCUUUUUAGAUGAGUGGCAGUACCACUGCGGCUUAAAUGAUAACGUCAAAACACUGGAGCAAUUCGUAAAGUUUGUAAAGGACGGUAAGUUACCAGCAGGAUUCGAGUCCGAGUUGGUGAACGACAGAAACCCGUACUCCGUAAAUGACCUAGUAAUGCCCAAGGGCCAGGAACAGGUCACCGCGCUACAUUGCGCAUGCGCGGCUGGAUGCUUGGACAACGCAAAGUAUUUGAAAGACGAAUUGCACGCGACUGUCGCUACAAACGCAAGCGGAAACACCCCCCUACAUUGGGCUGCCCAGAACGGGCACGCCGACGUAACCCAAUGGCUCUUACAAGCAUAUCCAGAGUUGGAUGUUCUACAACGAAAUAAUUUCGGACGGUCAGCCCUUGCUCUCGCCUUCGAGUCACAAAACGAAGAGUGCGUUCAGGCUGUGUUGAAUCAUGACAGUGCAGCUGAAUUGGUUCCCGACGACGAGCGAGAUGACGACAAGAUGGAAAUGGAGGAAUUUCGGAAAGAAGCGCAAUGA